GCCACAAGUUCGUCCCACGGUUGUUUUCAGUCAUCAUGGAACCCACCUGGAGCUGAGGUGUGUGUGCUUUAUAUGCGCUACAGUCAUUUAUGAUUGCAUUUCAUAUCUUGGCUAGAAGACGACGCAUGCUAGCCAUCCGACAAUAUCAGAAACAUGCCGGCCAAAGGUCCUCUGCAAUCGGUCCAGGUUUUCGGACGCAAAAAAACAGCCACCGCUGUUGCUCACUGCAAGAGGGGGAAUGGCCUCAUCAAGGUGAACGGCAGACCCCUGGAGAUGAUUGAGCCAGCCACUCUCCAGUACAAGCUUCUGGAGCCAGUGCUGCUGCUGGGCAAGGAGCGUUUUGCUGGAGUUGACAUCCGAGUCCGAGUGAAGGGUGGUGGACAUGUCGCACAGAUCUACGCUAUCCGUCAGUCCAUCUCCAAAGCCCUGGUCGCAUACUACCAGAAAUAUGUGGAUGAGGCCUCCAAGAAGGAGAUCAAGGACAUUUUGAUCCAGUACGACAGGACCCUGCUGGUUGCCGACCCUCGUCGCUGCGAGUCCAAGAAGUUCGGUGGACCAGGAGCCCGUGCCCGCUACCAGAAGUCUUACCGUUAACCUCUCUGUACAUUUUCAUGUAAUAAAGUUGAGGAAGAAAAUA